GUUCAAACGUGCGUUCACGCCUGAAGCAAAACUGCUCCCAGUCUCUGGAGUUUUACUACCGCCGAUGAAACAAUGAUCACGCCAAAUAGCGCACACUGCGUUAUAAGCCCGUCUUCCACGCUAAUAACGAGGCGCGGAGAGAGAUAGAAAUAAAUAUACAGUACUAAAUAUACACAGAGAGAGAGAAGGAGAGAAAGAAAGAAAGAAAGAAAGAGAGGGAGGGAGGAUCUUCAGCCUGAGACGCUCCGUUGUUUGAGUUGUUCUGUUUAGAUCUCAGGAGCUUUGGACUUGUUUUUUUUUUGCUCUUGAACUCAAGCCCACAAGAAGCCCACAGCAAGGUACAGUGAACAGACAUUUGUCAGAUGCACAGCCGAAUGACGAGGUAGCUAGGAUUGCUGGAACCUUGUUGUGGAGACAGGAUACAAGAACACUGAGUGCAUAUUCGGUUUGAGUGUGUUGUGCUGAAGGAGGAAAAGCGAGGAUUUGAGGUGCUCAAAGUUUCCUAGACGAAACGUGAGGCGAUGAGGAUGAGGAGCAGCGUAGCGUGGCUGUCCUGCCUUCACCUGCUCUAUGCAGUGUCCACACUUAGGGCUAAUCCUUUGAUGCCUCCUCUGGAGCGGGACAUAUCUCCGAGAACUACUGUCCUUUUCAAGGGGGCUUUGGGAUGCAGACGCUUCAGUGGCUCUGCUCUAAACUACAGCACCCUGCUGUUGGAGGAGGAGCCAGGGUUGCUGUAUGUGGGAGCUAGAGGAGCAUUGUUUGCCCUACAGGCAUCUAAUAUCUCCAGCUACAGUCAAACAAUUGACUGGGAGGCGCCUGAAGACCAGAAGCAGCUCUGUCUGAACAAAGGGAAAGAUAACAAGACGGAAUGUUUUAACCACAUUCGAUUCCUGCAGAGAUUCAACAGCACCCACUUGUAUACUUGUGGAACUCAUGCUUUUAGCCCACUGUGUGCAUAUAUUGAUAGUAGGGACUUUAAAAUGUAUCCUGUGUUUGAGGAGGGUCGAGAAAGGUGCCCUUAUGACCCUGCUAAAGGUUAUACAGGCCUGCUUAUUGAGGGCCAAAUGUACACCGCUUCUCAGUAUGAGUUCUGGAGUUCUCCAGAUAUUCGUAGGAACUCCCCGAACCCCACACUGAAAACAGAGGAAGCCCCGACUCGCUGGCUUUAUGAGGCUGAUUUUGUGGAGUCAGUGCUGGUGAAGGAGAGUGUGAAUAGCUCUGUCGGAGAUGAUGAUAAAAUCUAUUUCUUCUUUACGGAGAAGAGUCAGGAACACAGUCUGUUCUCCAGCUACAGCAGGGUCGCUCGGGUGGCACGUGUGUGUAAGAGUGACAGAGGAGGUCUCCUGACCCUGCAAAAAAAGUGGACGUCCUUCCUGAAGGCUCGGCUGGUUUGCUCACUGCCGGACUAUGAGUUCCACUUCAAUGUUUUACGCAGCAUGUUUGUGCUGGAAGGCCCCACGGCUGAGGACACGAUGCUGUACGGCAUUUUUGGCUUGGAAUGGAAAAACGUCAAAGCUUCGGCCAUCUGCCGCUACUCAAUCAAAGACGUCCAGCAGGUCUUUGAAGGGCCCUACAUGGAAAACCAGGAAGACGCUGGCACCAAACUGACUGAAUACACGGGGAAGGUGCCUGAUCCGAGACCUGGCUCGUGCAUAACAGAUCGACUGAGGGAAAGAGGCAUCAACUUCUCCACUGACCUGCCAGACGAUGUGCUGCAUUUCGUACGCCGUCAUCCGCUAAUGUCUCGGCAGAUUUUCCCUCUAGGACAACGCCCCCUGCUGUUUCGGAGGACUGUGGACUACACCAAAAUAGUAGUUCACAAAGUGACUGCUCUAGAUGGCCAGAUAUACCACAUGCUCUUUAUCGGGACAGAUCAAGGUUGGCUUCAGAGAGGAGUAGAAGUUAAAGGUCAGCUUCACAUUAUUGAAGAGCUGCAACUGUUUGAAGAUCCACAACCUGUGGACAGCAUAGUCAUCUCUCAGAAACAGAUGAGUGUGUAUGUAGGCUGUCCCUCUGGUGUUGUGCAGCUGCCCUUGUCCACAUGUCACAAAUAUACCUCCUGCUUUGAUUGCGUCUUAGCACGAGACCCUUUCUGUGCUUGGGAUGGGGCUGAAUGUGUGGAGAUUACCUCACACACAAACAGAUUCAAUCUGACUCAAGACAUCCUUAAUGGGAAUGGAGGCUGUGAAAAAUCUGCAGCAGAUGAGCUGUCGCUCCAUCGCAUUCGCUCAGUGAUGGCUGGAGAUGACGUCCUUCUGCAAUGCGAGCUCAGCUCUAAUCUCGCAACCCCACAGUGGACAAGGAAUAAGCAGCAGCUGCACGGCAAUGGGCAGAACUCGGGCUAUCGCAUUGGCACUGAUGGUUUGCUAGUGAUUGAGGCAAGACCAGAGCAGAGUGGAAACUAUAGCUGCUUCGCCCUGGAGAAUGGCAUCCGCAUCCAUGUAGUGAUCUACACUUUGAUUGUGCACAAUUACCUACUGCCGCCACCCCACUCAACCAAACACCCCGACAGCAGCAAUCUAUCACCACAGCUGCCCAAUCCCCUACCCCCAGAGUUCCAGUCCAUGAGGAACAUAGAGGCCAUGUACAUAUCUCUGAUCUCCAUCCUUGGUGGAUUGUGCCUGGUCCUGACUGUUGUGCUGCUGUAUGUGGGUUUUUGUGUGCAAAGAAAACGGGGGAAGUACUCGCUCCGGACCGCAACCCAAACUGAGAGGAAGAGGAAGAGGAAUGACCGCAUGGAGCUGAAGACUAUUUCCAGUCACUGCAACGGGAAAGCAAACACCGACGGACUGCUCCAGAUUGUUCCCGGAGAGGCCCAUGUUUCCUCCAAUAAAGAGCUUCCGCCUGCACCCCCACUUCCUCCACCUUUACCAAACUCUGAGUUGGAUUACACCAAUGGGUUCUCAGCAACACUGCCGAGCGUCUUACGCAAAAUGAAUGGAAAUAGUUACGUGUUACUCAGACAAACUGAUGGAGACAUGACAUCUCCACUGUACUACUCUUUCACAGAGGAGCUCAACCGGACUCUGGAAAAAAGGAAGCACACACAGCUGUGUAGCAAACCUGAUGAGAGUUCAGUAUAACACUUUCGAAAAACAAUACCUGUUUAAAGGUCAGAAAGGAUAUUGUUUCAGCUACAGUCUCUAUUGCAUACAAACUGAAAUGGAUAAUAGGCUGACUGAAAAAAAUAUUCUGUUUCCUAUUUUCUUGUCUAGUGACAUUUUUUUUUUAUCCACCUCUUAUUUUGAAGAGAAUGGAUUCACUGAACAUGAAAAAACAAAAACAAGAACAGAACAAAAGCAGUGACACAAACACAUGAUGUGUAAUCUACCUCGGAAGAUUGUUGCUAUAAUAAUAGCACUGUGUUCCACUGGGAGUGUGAGAUGGGAGUUGGUGAGGAACAGAAGGUACUUCAGCACAAAAGUUUGCCUGUGGGGUGGCAACAUGAAAGCUUCACAUAAAAUACAGAGGAAACUGUGUGGACAGGAAUUGUUUGUUUCGUUGGUAUAAGAAACUGCAGGCUGGAGUCUAAUAAUUUCCGGAAAAAAAACUAUAAUCUGGAUGUGGCUGCUUUUGAGCAAUACUGCUGAACUGCACUAAAUGUUUAUAUUUUCUAUUGAGAUAAUCUGCUAUUUAUGUCACCUAUGUCUACACUGAUGACUCAACUAAUUUGCAUUUAAUGCACCUAUGAACACUGAAAGACACUAACAACAAAUUUUGUUUUUGUAGCUUGCUGUUUGAGGGAGAAACCACAAGAAUUGAUCGUAUUAACUACCGGGGUGCACUUUAAAAGCAAAAGACAUUUGGUGUAAAUGAUGCUUGUUUUGCAAGAGAUUGAGUGUUCUGUAUAUAGCAGAAUGGAAUUCCUGUUUGUGUAGGAUAAAAAUCAAGGAUUUUUCACAAAUUCAUCACCAUUGCUGAGUCAGAGUCAAGUGCUUUACUAACCACUACAUGAAUUUACAUGUUUUUUUUGUUUUGUUAAAGAAGACAAUAAUAAGACAUCCCACAACUCCUAAGCCAAAAAAAAGUUAAUUGUAAACUGCAAUUUUUCUGCGGUUCAGAGCCAUUAUGUGUUAGCUUAUGAGCAGGUGUUGGUGCAAAUUAGAACAAACCUGUAAUGACAAACUGGACUCCAUGCACAGGAAUUAUUAGUAUUUCAAAUUGCUGAUAAACAAAAACUUGGACCACGAUUCUGCACUAAUCAGAGAGAGAUAGGAGCAGCUCUAUAUUUCUGAGGAAAUGCACAGAUUGCAGUAAUGCUAAGAUGAAAACAGCAAGGCAAUAAGAUCAGGACACAGCUUUUUUUUUUUUAUCCCCCACCCCCUUUUUUUAUCUUCAGCAUGUAUGACUUUAUCUUUAAAGUGUAUUAAAUCCAACAUCAAUUAUUCCUCUAAACAUCUCCUGUUUUCUCCUUCUAUCAGACCCCCCAACACUCCUGAUCUCUCCCUUAAAGCUCACAUCUCACAACUUAUCUCUCAAAUUGCUCUUAUUUUCUUCCAAUGCUGUGAUGACAGGAACAGAUGUGUGCAUGCACUACACUCCUUCUGAGGACAAUGAGAUCACAUGCUGGUUGUUCAGGCACCACAUUUGACAUCCCCCAGGUCCAGUUUAGUUGUGUGAAAGAUGUGUGAGAUUGCAUCUAGCAUGCCAGGACAUGACUGUAUCGUAAAUGUGGUCUUAAUUUAAACCAAAGGCAGUAGAAACCAAGGCACAUUAAAGGAAAAAAAAAAAAAAAAGAAAGAGGCAGAAAAAAGAGAGGAAGAAAAAAAAAAAGGAAAUAGAGCAAUUUAACCGUAGUUUGUUAAUAAUCUGGAACAGUGUUAAAGGAAAUGUGAACAGUGAGUGGAUAUUCCCAAAGCAUUUACUUUAACAUAUUCUGAGCACGAUGUAUAAUAUAAUCCAUCUUUGAUUAUUUUUAAAUUAUAUAUAUAAUCUGCUUUGCAGGUUUGAAAAUCAGCUCGCUGCAGGCUCAUGCUUUGCCACAAUAGAGGGAUAAUCUGCUAAGCCAGUGUAAAAGUAGUGGUGCACUUAAAACAAUAAACAUUCAGCAUCAAGUGAUAACUUUAUCCACACUAGAUAAGUGUUUUUAAAUAAUUGAGUGAAAAUAUUCAGUUCUUCAUCUUUGUACUACAAUGCCUGCCUGAGUUUACAAAAGUGGUCGGAGUAAAGCAGUUUUAUCUGUCGGAUCUUUGCCCGUUAUCCUUUUGCAGUGGAUGUUCAACAUGAGUCACUGUUUAUAAAAAAUUUUCUUUUAUAUAUCAUUAUUUAUUUUAUUAAACAUUUGUGCAAGCAAAUAUAUAUAUACAUGUCUAAAGGUGUUUUAUUUAUUUUUUUAUUUAAGAAAAACUAUUAAUCCUAGUAUCAGGUGUUCUCUUUAUUAUGAAUGAAACAAGACAUUAAUCAAAUGCAAAGUGUACAUUAAAUAUUCAGAUUUUUAUUACUAUUUCAGGCUCGCUUGAGAAAAUAGUUAUAUGCCUUGUCAGUGGUAAGCAGAAGUGUAGAGAAAUUACAGUCAGGGUGUAAAGUUCUGACAUGCUCUUGUGCUCUCUCUGUGGGAAACACUCAAUCACCCAGAGCUAUGUGUGUCCAGACAGGCCUGCACUCAACUUCACAGGCUAAAUAUGGACGUGAAUGUGACUCCAGAGAGAACCCAGAGCAGUGCUUUGUGUUUUAGCACUGAAAACGCAAUUAACAUGGUGAGAGCCGACGGAUGUGAAAAUUAAAUUAAGUAAUAUUUACCUUUUUUUCUCAGUAAAUCCUAAUCACAUCUCUGACACCUCCAAAAGUCUCUUCUUGUUUAUUAGGGGAAAACUCAUAAAUGUCUGUUUAGCAAUAAAUGUCAGCAAUGUUUUGGAAUUUUCCGAAAAUGCUCUCUGCCAGAAAUGAGUUCUGCCAUGCAUUUCUUGUGCAAGAAUGAUUAAUUUUGUUGCUCUUAAUUAUUUUCCUGCUCACAACUUUGUCAGUAGUAAACAGAGAGUUAAGAACACAAUCUAGAAUUUUUAAGGAAAAGGUGCUGGAAGAUCUUGUUCUGCCUGUUUAGUGUUUUGUAGUCAUGCUGUAUUGGAUUUGUUUACUGCCAAAUUGCUGCAGGGAGAAAUACACACUCAAUACAUUUCCCUUAACACAACUGCUCCUCUGCAUAACAGGUUUGUUUCCAGCAUGCUAAUGUGUGCUGUGUAUGUGUGCAUAUCUUAAAUGUAAAAAUCCCGGGUAUAUGUUUAAAAAUAAACAUUUUUACCAGCAGAUUUUAAGAUGGAAAGCAAAUGACGAAUUAAUUAUUUCUCUUUUGCAUCAUUUUUUAAAUUUUUAUCAGACACACCUCACUGCUGAAUCUGUGCACAUUCUGAGACUUGAGCUAGGAGGAUUAUGUAAGACCAGAAGUUCUACACCAUAUUACACCAUCACACUGCACCACACUCUCACCAUCCUCUGAGACCCAGACAGAAAAAGGCUGAUGGUCUGCGUCACUGAAACCAUAGUGAAAUUGAUGGUAAAUAAGCCAUAGGUUGUGCUUGUGUAAAAGGUUAUGACUAUCUAAGCUCAUAAAUACUCAGGAUUACCUAAUUAGAAAAGGGAUGCUUAAUUAUCACCUGUGGUACCUGUGUAGUGUGACUCAUUAAUUGUAAUUAUAGAGUCACAUUUAGCACGACAGGCUCAGUCACAACAAACAUCAAUCUUGUGCUGUCGCAUUGUCAUUCAAGCCUAUGACUUAUAGAAGGGUGUGUGCUAUAUUUUCCUGGCAGUGUUUCAAAAAAACUAGCUUUAAACAAAGGUUGCAAAAUCUGAGCUGUGUGUGAAGAUGCAGUGCACAGAGCGUCCGAAAACAGGGUCUCUCUCUCUCUCUCUCUCUCUCUCUCUCUCUCUCUCUCUCUUUCUCUCUGUCUCUCUCUUAUCCUCGCUUUUUUCUCAUUUGUCUAAAAUGUUGUUCAUACUUACAAACUAUAAAUGGUGGACAAAUUACAAUUUCAUUAAUUAUGUCACUGGGCAAGUGACAUCUCCAUCGCUGCCAAGUCUUAUCUGUUGUUUUCCUUGAAAACAAACUGAUUACUUAUCAUUUAAUAAUGUCUGACCAGUUAAUGAAGUCUGACAAAAUGACUCACAAAAGUGUACACAAUAACCUCUUCAAAGUUUCUAAUGUAGCACAUUGUAUUUGUAUCCUCAGCAAGAAUAAACAAGUUGUUGUCCAGUAA